AUGUCAGCUACCGGUAGCACGUCGCUCAUUCUGUUGUCGUUGCUUUGCACUGCUAGAGCAAGUGACAUCAGUAUCUACCAACUCGGACCGGAGCUUUUAUCGAAUAGCAUCGAACUGGCACUGAGCAGUUGCCGCAGCCAGUUCCGCUGGGAACCAUGGAAUUGCCCCACGAUGCAGUUUCUGACCAAGCGAAUCCCAACGGCCACAUUGGAUCGCGAAACGGCAUUCGUGAGAGCGCUCAGCACGGCUUCCAUGAUUUAUGUGUACGCGAGAAAUUGCUCCCGAGGUUCGACGUUGGAUGCUUGUGGCUGUGAUCAGUGUGACCGUGAAACCUUAUUGGUGGAGGGAUUCGAUCGACUGGAUGCCAAAGGAUAUGGCAAUGCUCACAAUCGGCGUGCUGGGUGGGUGGCGGUGCGGAACGCUGUACGGGGAAAUUGUCGCUGCCAUGGUGUGUCCGGGUCGUGCGCUAUGAGAACUUGUUGGAGUACGAUGAAAACGUUUGCAGCGAUUGCUGCGGGUGUCAAGCGGAUGUAUGCCGGUAGCGUCAGGUUGUUUGUGGACAAUACCGGCAAGUUGAACACGGAGAAGAUUCGAGAAGAUCAGCUGGCGUACAUUCAUCCGCUAUCGAACAAUGCAACGUGUGACUGCGAACAAGAAAUGGAGAUCUCACGGCUUAACAAAAUUGUAGAUCGUCUUCAACACCAGUUGAUUAAAGGCCGUCGUGGCAUGGCUUGGAUUGCGAAUAAUGACAUGUGUAGACGAUAUACAGGAAUUAACAUGCUCACUACGCUCAAAAGAUUAUACAACUUUAUGGAACCUGUUCUAUUUGAUCCUGCCUGUCAUUUGACAAAAGAUGAAGUAUUUGUCAUGACACUCCGGGAGCUACGCCGUAACACACCUUUUUGUGAACUAGCUGACGAAUAUUCUGUCUGCACGAAUACAGCAUCCAAAUUCUUUCACCGAACAGCUUUUAUUCUCUUUGAGAAUUUGAAAUGGGCCCUGUCUAUUCUUCCAAAAGACAUCGCUAUCAGACACAAUCCUCUAAUAUUUCAACAGUAUUUUGGAAGGCGAAGAAUUUUUGUCAUCGAUUGUUUUGAGGUGUACUCGGAAACACCCCUUGAAACCAGAGCAGCAAUAGCUCAUCAUAGUGCUUAUAAAUCGCAUCAGACGACAAAAUUUCUAAUAGCUAUGAACAGUAACGGCAGCGUAGCGUUUAUAUCACAAGCCUAUGGAGGACGAUGCUCUGAUCGCUUUAUAGCGAAUGAUAGUGGAUUUUUAAACAACCUUGAAUCAGAAGACGUAGUUCUAGCAGAUAAGGGGUUCUAUAUACGAGACUUGGUAGCAUCAAAAGGUGCCAUUUUAAACAUACCUACAUUCUGGAGGAAAGGAUCUCAAUUGAAUCCACUAAGUAUUGAAAAGGAUAAACAAAUAACAUGCUUGAGGGUGCACAUCGAGCGGCUAAUUGGUGUACUUAAAUCUAAACUCACUUAUCUAAAACGAUCUAUUACUGUAAAUGCUUUGAGAAGAUUUGAAAAUAAUCAAAAUUCGAUAUUAUUGUAA